CUAAUGUGUGAGUCAACUGGCACACCAGCCCCUACCAUCAGCUGGCACAAGGAGGGUAUGAUCUUAGAAGAGCCCGAUUAUGUGCAAUUCAAUGACGGCUCGCUGUAUAUUACUAACACAAAGCUAAAGGAUCAGGGACACUUUAUAGUGAGGGCUACUAAUAAUAUUGGAGUUGUAGAGGAGACUGUUCGUGUUACUGUAGUCUCUCCUAGCCCUCCUGAAUCUGAUCCUAAUCAUCCUCCAUUGAAUGUGAGUGACUUUAUUGAGAUGAUGGCUCUACUCCAAUCUAACAACAGCGACAGGCUUGAAGAGGAAUAUCCAGAUAUUGAGUUAGAGUGGAAUUUCACCUCGUAUGCUGCUAAACUCCCGAUCAAUCAUGGCAAGAAUAGAUACGUUAACAUAAUACCAUAUGAUCAUUCUCGUGUUACUCUUAAACCUGAUGGCAAUCCAGGAUCUGACUAUAUCAAUGCCUCAUUCAUUGGAGGUCUUAAUUCUCCCAAGGACUAUAUAGCUACUCAGGGUCCCAUACCAGCUGCCUUCCCUGACUUCUGGAGGAUGAUAUGGGAGUACAAUGUACCCACCAUCAUAAUGGUUACCAACCUCAAGGAAGAUGAUAAGAUAAAGUGUCAUCAGUACUGGCCUUCCUUUGGAGCAGCUAAUUACGGUAGCUUCCAAGUGACACUGAAGGAGGUUGAGACUGUGGCCGACUAUGCAAUUAGAACAUUCCAACUACAAUCUUUACAUGGUCAAGGUCCCAUUAAGGAGGUCCGUCAGUAUCAUUUCUUAGUGUGGCCUGAUCACGGAGUACCACAGUAUGCCACGCCUCUUUUGAGCUUUCAGAAAAGAGUGAGGAACCAUCACAAAGGGAAACCAGGACCAAUGGUGGUACACUGCAGUGCUGGUGUUGGUAGAACUGGUACCUUCAUUACUAUUGAUACUAUGAUCAUGAAGAUUGAUGCCGAAGGAAUCGUAGACAUUUUUAAUUUCGUUCGCGGGAUGCGUUUCUGUAGGAACUACAUGGUCCAAACUGCCUCCCAGUACGAUUUCCUCCAUCAUGCUAUACUUGAAGCUAUUAUGUGUCGUGACACUACAAUACCAGCCGUACACAUGGCCACCAAGAUAGCAACACUCAAAGAGAUUGCCCCCUCCUCUGGAAAAACAGGUUUUCAGAGCCAGUUUGAGACUCUUGAGUCUUCUAGUCCGACUGAUGAUGAUUUUGAUUGCUCCAUUGCCCAGUUAUCUGAUAAUCUUGCUAAGAGCAGAGUGAAGGAACAUCUACCACCUAAUGAUUAUCGUGUUGUUCUAUCAACUAAGAAUUAUGACUCCGAUUACAUCUGUGCCAGCUAUGUUGAUGGAUAUCGUCAGAGGUCAGCGUUCAUAGCUACGCAGGGUCCAAUGAAGAACACUGCCGGUGACUUCUGGCGCAUGGUCUGGGAAAUGAAGUCAAUGAUCAUAAUAAUGUUAACAAACACUGAGGAGAAUGGAGAGGAGCAGUCAGUCCAGUACUGGCCUGUUAAUCCUAAUGAAGAAGACAUGUAUGGAUCAUUUAAUGUUGUGGCUCUACCUGAAGAAAGGGCUCUACCUGAUUACAUUGUUAGGAAAUUCAAACUCUCUCAUUCCAAAAAUCCUGAUGAUUCUCGUACUAUAACUCACUUCCAAUACAUUAACUGGCCCUCAACCUCCUGUCCUAAAGAAGCCACAUCAAUGAUUGAUCUUGUUGCUGACGUGGUCCGUAUACAAAGAAAAUCGGGCAAUGGACCAAUCACAGUUCACUGCAGUGAUGGAUUAGGUAGAACUGGUACGUUCUGUGCCAUGUUUACUGUCCUAGAGCGUCUAAAAGCCGAGCAAGUCAUUGAUGUCUUUUCGACCGUCAAAACUCUUCGAAUCCAGAGACCAGGAUUUGUUAAUGAUAUAGAUCAAUAUGAGUUCAUUCAUAAAGCAGCUCUUGAGUUUGUCAAUACUUUUGAUAAUUAUGAUAAUUUUAAGUAUUAGAACAGCUCCUCUUUUUUCUUCUCAUUUAUCCUCUCUCUCUCACCUCUUUAUUGUGAUACAGUCUAAUUAUUAUAAUUAUUUUAUGCUGGUGAUGGUACUAUUAUUAUUAAUUUAUUAUUAUUAUUAUUAUUAUUAUUAUUAUUAUUAUUAUUAUUAUUAUACAUGUAUGUUGUAGGUUAACUUUUUGCUGAAUAUUAAUAAUUAUAAUUUCUAGUUAUACAAAACUUAAUGGUGACAAUAAUAACUAUAAUUUUUGUAAAAAAAUUAAUAAUUAUGUCAAUGUAUUUUUGAUUAUUCUUGUGUUGCAUUUUUCACUCAUUUUUCUUGUUCACUUUUUUUCAUUUAACUUCAAAUUUCGUCAAUCAUUU